AUGGUCUAUGAAAUUGUUUACUUUGAUCACUACGGAAGAGUUGAUCUUGUUAAAUUGAUCGCCGAGGUUGCAAAUAUACCUUACAAGUUUGUUGGAAUUGAGGACAAGGACUGGAAGGACUUUCAACCAACCACUCGAUACGGAUUGUUGCCCUUUGUGAAAGUUAAUGACAAAUGGACUCUCUAUCAAAGUAUUGCCAUUUCCCGUUUCUUUGCUCAGGAAGGAGAAGGUAAUUUGUAUCCUACCGAUCGAGUUGAAGCAACUAUCACUGAGGAAUAUGUUGCCGCGUUGGAAGACGCUUACAAUCAAUUUGUUUAUGCCACUUUCCUUGCUCCAGAAGACAGAAAGGAGGAAGAAACAAAGAGACUCACAGAAGGAGUCUUGAAAAAUGUUUUUAAGGUAUUGAAUGCCGAGUUGGAGAAAAAUGGAGGAUAUUUGCUCCCUGGGGAUAGACUCACUUGGGCUGAUUUGUAUUUCGCCGAGUUUGCUAGCAACUUGGAGUACUAUACCAAGAUCAAGCCUGUGGAUUUCGCUCCUCAAAUUCCAAAGCUCAGAGAAAAUGUGUUGAAACACCCAAGAGCAAAAGCUUAUUUGGAAAGUGAGAGAAAUCUCAGAAAGAUCGUGUUUUAA